AUGACAGAGAGACGUAGAUCAAUACCAAUUAAACAAAGACUAUCAGCAACACGUUCACCAUGUAGUAGUCCACCACCACCAUUAUCAAGUACUUCAUCGGUAUUAACUCAACAAUUUGCAGACAUUAUUCGACGUUAUAAAUAUUAUUGUCAGCAUAUUCGACGAAUACUGAGUGAAACAAAUAAAUCCUAUAAUGAAAUUAAUGAUACUCGUGUUCUUCCGUCCGAAAAAAUUUCUCAAAUGCAAUUAUCAAAAUCUGAUUGUGAAUAUUUUGAUUUGCUUCAAACACGUCCAUUAGCACUUAUUAUUUGUUCCCAAACAUACAAUGGAAAAUCUCGUUUUGUUAAUGAAUUAUUAAAUGAAUCUUUAUUACCUGAGUCACCUACUAUUAAUAGAAAUGAUAUUGUACGAAUGGUUCGAAUCAAGGUAGAGAAUCAUCCAGUUCUUGGUGCUAGUUUAAAUAUAUCCGGUUCAUUUGAACUUGUAAAUCCUGAUAUCAUGUAUAAAUCUGUAUCAUGGACAACAAUACCUCGCGAUCAUCUUGUCGUAAAUGGUAAUAAUGAUAGUCAUCCAUUAGUAGAAAAUGAUAAUGGUUCUGAUGAUAAUGAACAACAAGAAACAGCAUCACUUGAAAUACGUAAACCAUUAGAUUUAUUGAAUGAUGAUUUACAAAUAGUUAUAACGCCAAGUAAUCAAAAAUUAAAUAUGAAACAAAUUUAUACACAAAUAACAGAAAAUGUUAUACCAAUAUUUAUUUAUAUUAUUGAUCAAGAUAUUUUAACUGCUAAUGAUAUUGAUGAAUUAAGAUUUUUUCGUUCGACUGUACCUAAUGAACCUAUCUUAUUUAUUCGUAUUGAUCAAUCUGAUAGUUCAUCAAAUAUAACUGAAACAUCAUGUGUUCAAGUCUUCAGACAAUUAUGUGAUCUCGGUUUUCUUUCAAUACUGAGCCCUGAAUCUGGUGAUAAUACAACAGAUACAACUCCUCUAUUUCAAAGUGAUAUGAUUGAUAAUGGUCUAGUUAAUUUUACACAAUUUCUUACUUAUAUUCGUAAACAUGUCGAUCGUUUAACUAUUCGAGCUGUAAGCAUUUUACAACGAUCCCAUGAAAUAUGUUUAGAUUUUUUUAAUGAUAGUGCUUUUGAUAUGGCUCGAGAUAUACUUAUUACACCUAAACGAUUAAGUUAUGCACGUGAAAAAGAAAAAAAUUUAUAUGAAUCAUUGAUUGAUUUAACAAAUUCAAAACAAAAUGAAAUACAAAAAUUAAUUUUACAAGCUGUUAAUGAAAUACAUGAAAUUUUAACCGAUGAGGCUUGUUCACUUGAAAUUCCAGGAGUUGAAUUAACCGAUCAAUUAACUGUAAAACAUGCGAAAGAUUUAAAAAAAUGUACAAAUGUUAUACAAGAACAUGUUUUUAUACGUUUAAAUGAACGAAUUGCAAAUAAAUUAUUAGAUUCAAUCAAUAUUUUACAUGAUAAUUAUGUUGGAACAUUAACACGUUGUCUAUUUAGUUUAGAAACCAAAGGUGAUGAUGAUGAAUCAGAUUUAUCAACAAGUAAAGCACUUCAAGAGAUUCUACACUCUGCUUAUGAAGUUAAUAUUUCAUUACCAGCUGAUUCAAAUAUAUUCCAAAUCUUAAUUGAUAAAAUGAAAGAACUUUUUCGAACAUUUAGUUGGAAUAAUUGUCCACGUAUUGACCCUGAAUUUAAACGUUCUGUUGCACUAAAUAUAUUAAAUAGUCUUAGUGAAGCAAAAUUAGCUAAAAGUGUUUGUACACAACUGAAUGAUCGUAUUCGAAUGUCACAUGAAAAUUUUGAAACAUUACUUAAACAACUUGAACAUCGCCAUUCUGAUCGUCUUAAAUCAACUGAAGAUAAACAACAACGUGUACGAAAAGAAUAUACACCUAAAAUAGCUCGGUUAUUAUUAGAAAGUACAUCAUUAAAAGAUCUUAUACAAUAUGGUUUACCAAAACAAGGACGUGAAGUUGGACGUGGACAAUAUGGAAUUGUUUAUGAAUGUAAAAGUUGGGCUAAUCAUCAAUCCUGUGUUUUAAAAUCUGUUCUACCACCUGAUGAUCGACAUUGGAAUGAUCUUGCUUUAGAAUUUCAUUAUUUAAGACGAAUUCCUGAACAUCCACGAAUUGUUAAAUUAAUCGGUUCAGUUAUAGAUUAUACUGAUCGUGAUCAAACACCAGUUUUAUUAGUUAUGGAAAGACUUAAACGUGAUUUAUAUGCAGCUUUAAAAAAUAGACUGGAAUUUUCAAUCAGAAUGAGAAUUGCAUUGGAUGUAGUCGAAGGUCUAAGAUAUUUACAUGGUCUGGGUCUUGUUCAUCGUGAUAUUAAAUUAAAAAAUGUCUUGUUGGAUGAAGGUAAUCAUGCUCGUAUUACUGAUCUUGGAUUUUGCAAACCAGAAGUUAUGAUGAGUGGUUCUCUAGUUGGUACACCAAUUCAUAUGGCACCAGAAUUAUUUACAUCUAAAUAUGAUCAUACAGUUGAUGUUUAUGCAUUUGGUAUUUUAUUUUGGUAUAUAUGUUCAAAUGGUAUUAAAUUACCAACAAAUUUUGAUGUUUGUUCAUCAAAAGAUAUUCUUUGGUCGGCAGUUAAAAAAGGUGUACGACCAGAACGUUUAAUGGAUUUUAGCGAUGAAUGUUGGGAAAUAAUGACAAAAUGUUGGGAUACUCAACCAUCACAACGACCUUAUUUAGGUGAGGUACAAGAAAAAAUUGAACAAAUUCUUAAUAAUUCAAGAACAACAACUGCUUGA